AUCAACCAUCUAAUCAACCAAAACCUGAAUUAGUAAAUUCUUAUAAUGAGCCCAAUAUUUAUUCUAAAAAAAAUGAUUUACAUGAUGAUGAUAAAGAAUUAGAUGGAUCAAUUAACAUUAAAUCUU